AGUAACCACAUCAAACACCGCAGCCUCGUUUCCAUUAAUCAGGAUUUCUCAAUUUUAUUUAAAUAUUUUCUAAUUUAUCAUUAAAGUAAGAUAGCUCUUAUGAUAUUUUGUGAUUUCCAUUAUUUUAAUUUAGUAUAUACAGGUGGAAUUGGUUGCAAUUUUUUUGCUUUGUUGCCCGAUUCCAUUAUUUUAGUCUGCUUGUUCAUCUCGCGCCAUUUUUCUAGGUUGAUAUUUUUUUUCUUUAGAUGCCUAGACCAAAGCGAGCAACUGCUGGUGUUUCGAAACGCCAUCCGGACGAAGAGACAUUAGACGGAUCAGAAUAUUCAAUAGUGGAUGAAGAAUCCGAAGAUGAAUAUGACGCCCGACCGACAAAAAGACCAAAGACACAAUCAACUAUUAAAAAGCCUCGGAAAACGCCUCAGCAAACUGUCAGUCAUACACCGAGAGGACGAAAGCCUCAAAUGUCACAGCCCAUUACUCCGCAACAGCCGAUCAGUGAACUUUUCGAACUAGUUAAGGAUGGAAGAGCUGCCAUUAAUAAUAUUGUGGACGAGUGGAUGGCAACCUAUGAAGAAGAUUCAGACGAAGGCCUGGUUCAAAUAAUUCAAUUUUUCGUUUCUUGUGCUGGAUGCAGUGGACGAAUUACAAAAUAUAGCUUACAGAAUCUCACUCAUCAAGAUAUAAUUAGGCAGAUGACCGAGGAAUUUGACGAAGAUUCAAGUGCCUAUCCUUUGAUUCAGCCUGGUCCUACUUGGAAACGCUUCAAAACGCAUUUAUGCGAUUUCGUUCAGUCUCUUGUCAAACAGAGUCAACAUACUAUUCUAUAUGAUCAAAAGUUGAUGGAUAAUGUUAUUUCUAUGUUAACCGGUUUAACUGAUUCCCAAGUACGAGCUUUUAGACAUACAAGCACUCUGAUUGCUAUGAAGUUUAUGACGGCUCUUGUUGAUGUCGCAUUAGCGUUAAGCGUUAGCGCCGAUCAUACACAACGUCAAUACGAUGCGGAGAAAAACAAAAAUGAGUCGAGACAAAGUAAAGAACGUUUAGAUAUGCUGUUAGAUAAAAAAAGAGAAAUAAGCGACAAUCAGGAAAUAAUUCAUAGUAUGUUAAACUACAUCUUCAAAGGAGUUUUCGUUCAUAGAUACAGAGACAGCCAACCCGAUAUCAGAAGUAUAUGCUUGACCGAAAUAGGAGUAUGGAUGAGAAAGCAUCCAAAUAUGUUCUUAGACGACUCGUAUUUGAAAUACGUUGGCUGGUCCCUAUACGACAAAGUUGGAUCGGUUCGUUUAUGCUGCAUUAAGGCUCUUCAAUCGAUUUACGAAGAUGUCGAUUCAGCCAUAAAAUUGGAAUUAUUCACGAAUAGAUUUAAAGACCGUCUUGUCGAAAUGACUUUAGAUAAAGAAUACGAAGUAUCUGUAGCCGCUGUUCAAUUGGUUACUAGUAUUGCUAGAAAUCUUCCUCCUAAUGAAGAAUCUGGCGAACAUGUCCUCAGUGAUAAGGAUUGUGAAAACGUCUAUGAGUUGGUUUAUUCGGCUCACAGAGGUCAUGCAGCAGCAGCUGGAGCAUUUCUCAAUUUACGUCUACUUCGAGGGGAACAAGAGGCAGAUUAUGAACAGUUGGUAUCCGGCUCUGGCAAGACAAGGAGUAAAAAUACUCCUAUGAUGAGAGAUUUAGUUCAAUUCUUUCUCGAAAGCGAGCUACAUGAACAUGCAACAUAUUUAGUUGACAGUUUAUACGAUUGUUGUACCAUGCUUCGUGAUUAUGCUUGUAUGACAGAUUUACUAUUAGAAGAAUCUGGUCCAAACGAAGAGCCCCUGGACGAUCGACAAGAAAACGCUUUAGUUGAGAUUAUGACGUGCGCUAUGCAUCAAGCAACUACCGGUGAAUAUCCUGUGGGCAGAGGCGGUCCAGCACCCAGGAAAUUGUCUAUGAAAGAAGCGAAACAAGUUGCAGAAGAAAAAGCUCGAGUUACUGAACACUUUAUAACGGCGUUGCCGCUUUUACUGGCCAAAUAUUCAAAUGAUGCUGACAAGUUACAAAAUUUGUUAAUGUUUGUUUGGCAUUUCGAAUUUGACAUGUACACUUCCGGACGACAUGAACAAGAGUUAGACGAUCUUCUUUCACAGCUUGCGAAUAUUGUUCAAAUGCAUACGGACGACGAAGUUCUGCAGAGAGCAUCUAAAGUUUUAUCGUUUUUAGUUGAUGAUGACUACGCAAUUGCAAGGAGAUGUCAAGUUGCAUUAUCAACGUUAGUGGACGCCUUAGUCGAUAAUUUUGCUAGAAGUUAUAGCAACUACUUUGAUUCUCAAAGAGAGACCUCGAGAAGAAGACGACAAGUGGAUGAAGACAGUUCCUUGGCGUACAAUUUGGCGGCUUCGAUGAAAAGAUUGCACGCCUUGUGGCGGUACCAUGACCUAAACAGUUGGCCUUUAUGGCAAUCUAAUAUUGAUAUUGUUAAAGUAGCCCUUAGGCCAGGUUCUUCUCAGGUACCAGAUGAAAUUGUAGUAAGAUCUCUCUAUUCCUCUCAUUUGGCUCUUGUACACCAUCUUGUCAAGUGGGAACACUCGUCUGUACAGAAUGCCGAAUGCGUUGAGUCAAUUAAAAUGGCUAGGGAUAAACAGGAAACUUUCUUGGGAUAUGCCACUAUGUUACUCGACCACAUGCAAGAGAGAGUUCAGGAAGACGCCUUCCUAAUAUUAGCCGACUCUCUGAUGUAUUACAGUAGUGUAUUAAAGAACAAAGCGGCCUUGGCACCAUUAUUCUAUGAAGCCGAUAGGGAAUUAAUUGAUAAAAUGAUACAAUUUCUACAAACUAGGGUUUUCAUUUUAGACGAGGAGGCUGUUCAAGACGACGAAGCAGAAAAUCUAAAGAUAGAGGAAUUGCAUAAAAGACGUAAAUUCUUGUCUUGCUUUUGCAAAUUGAUCGUUUAUAAUUGCAUUCCUGUCAAGGACGGAGCCAUAGUAUUUCAAAAUUACAUUAAAUUCUACAAUGACUAUGGUGAUAUAAUUAAGGCAACGCUAGCCAAAGCUAGGGAAAUAAAUAAGGUUCUUACAGCUAGAACCCUUGCCAUUUCACUAAGUAACCUUUUCAAAGAAUUACAAAGUGAACAAGGGUCGAAUAGUGUCAAAAAGACAUCGGAUGGCUUCCAAGCUAUAAAAGAAUUGGCUAGGAGAUUUGCCUUAUCAUUCGGACUGGAUAAUAUAAAAAAUCGCUUUGCUGUCAGCGCUUUACAUCAGGAAGGAAUUAAUUUUGCCCUCAAUGUUCCACCAGGUCACCCUCCUGGUUCUGUUCCUCCUAAUUUAGCUUUCUUGGAAACGUUAACCGAUUUCUCUGGUAAAUUAGUUAAACAGGAUAAACGUGCCGUUGUCGAUUAUCUGGAUAGACAGGUUGAUGCUGUUGGAGGUGCUCAAAAAAGAACGGAGAGCUGGUCACCAGUUUUAACUUACAGAAAUUCAUUAGUUCAGGGAGAACAUGAUCUCCUAAUGCAGAGGCCACAAACUCAUGCUCAUUCUGCAAUGAGAGGAAGGCAAGUGCUUUAACUUUGAUUUGGGCUUUUGAGCUUUGAUAAUCCAACAGUUUUUUCAACACUGGAACAAUUCUUUUUUUCAACUGUGUUCUUUUUUACCGUUUGUUUGUUUUUAUUAACAAAAUAGCUUUUGUUAACUCUUUGAGUUGUUUGUUUUUUUUUUUUU